AUGGCCGCUAAUACUUUACAAGAUUUGAGUACUCUUCCUGUAACUGAGAAGAUGAGUGAAUAUAAAGCAAGCUUAACUAAUACGCCUUGCGUUGGGAAAAUGAAUGGAAAAUCUGAAGAUAAACCAUUACCAAGCUCUCUUGUUGUAGAAACAGAGAAACCCGAGGGAGAGAAAGCUACCGUGGAAGUUGAAUAUAUUGAAUCCGAGAACUUGAAUGAUGUUGAAGAUGCUGUUGCUGUUCUCAAGUCGGUUCUAGCUGGUCUUGACUCCAAGGAUUGGGUAUCAGUCUGUGACGCUCUUAAUAAUGUUCGUCGCCUUUCCAUAUUCCACAAGGAAGCAAUGCUGCAUAUACUCGAAAAAGUGAUCCCUCUCGUCGUGAAAUCACUGAAGAAUCCUAGAAGCGCCGUGUGUAAAACCGCAUGCAUGACAUCUGCAGACAUCUUCAGUGCAUAUAACGACCAUAUUACAGACCUAUUGGAUUCUCUGCUUACUCAACUCCUCCUCAAAUCAUCCCAAGACAAAAGGUUUGUCUGCGAGGCAGCAGACAAAGCGUUAAUAUCAAUUACCAAAUAUGUUUCCCCAACUCUGCUGUUACCAAAGCUGCAACCUUGUCUCAAGAACAGGAAUCCUCGGAUCCGUGCAAAAGCAUCAUUAUGCUUUUCCCGAAGUGUUCCUCGAUUGGGCGUUGAAGGUAUUAAAGAAUACGGAAUCGACAGACUAGUUCAAGCGGCCGCGUCUCAGCUUAGUGAUCAGCUCCCUGAAUCCCGUGAGGCUGCACGGACCGUCCUACUUGAACUUCAAACCGUGUAUGAAAAAGCUCAUCCUCUCAUCAAACCCGAGACUGCGUCAUCAUCAUCACCAUCGCAAGAGGAAGAGCAAACCCCAGAGGCAGAGCCAAUUACUUGGGAAAUCUUCUGCCAGUCAAAGCUGUCGGCUCUAAGCGCACAAGCCGUGCUUCGUGUCACCAAUGUUGUGGCAGUGACUGCUCGGGAGGGUUUGGUCACUACAGGUUCAUCUUCUUGAUCACAGCUAUAAAAGCCUUCUCUACUACUUUUUGGAUUUUUCCUUUCUUUAACCGUUUGCUACGGAUCAUACGGUUACAUGGUAUUCUCUGGCCGUGAUCUACCAAAUUGGCAAAUUAUGGACCGGAAAAAAAGAGUGAAAACUGGUUAUUAAAAAAUCUUGGCUUUUUUCUUUUCUCUUCAGUCUUCUUCAGUGACUUUCUUCUUCUAUGUUUGUCUAAUGUGAAUAUAUAUUCUAUACCAAGAUUUGGUAACAUAGUCCGAGUCUUUUGAAUAAAUGCAAAUUAGUCGAUUUCUUUGA